UAGCUGGAAAAACAGGAAGCAAAGGGAUCAAACGCAAGGAAAUCAAAGACGAGGAAAUGCUGCUGAAUGAAUCGGGUGGACGGCGGCUGGCUGGUUAGCUCGUUCGCGUUGUCAUAUCAGUGAGGGACGCAGAGCCCCUUUUUUUUUUUUUUUUUUGGGCCAACACCGUCCGCUCCCAGCUAGAUGGACGACGCCAAGAAUCGACACGACGUAACACCGAAGGAAUAAGCGCAAAGUAGCUUAUUUUGCCCCGUCGCAACGCCUAUGAUGGAACGUGCGAUGGAGCAGCUGAACGUACAGCUCAGCCGACUGACGCGCUCGCUCCGCCGCGCGCGGACCGUCGAACUCCCCGAAGACAAUGAAACAGCCGUGUACACACUCAUGCCCAUGGUUAUGGCUGACCAGCACAGGUCUGUUGCAGAAUUACUCAUGAACUCAAAGUUUGAUGUCAACUACGCCUUUGGACGCGUGAAGAGGAGCCUGCUUCACAUUGCUGCCAAUUGUGGGUCGGUGGAGUGUCUGGUACUGCUGCUGAAGAAAGGGGCAAACCCCAACUACCAGGACAUCUCAGGAUGCACUCCUCUGCACUUGGCUGCACGGAAUGGUCAGAAGAAAUGCAUGGGGAGAUUGCUGGAGUACUGUGCAGAUGUCAACAUCUGCAACAAUGAGGGCCUUACAGCUAUCCACUGGUUGGCGGUGAAUGGUCGGACAGAGCUGUUGCAUGACCUGGUCCAACAUGUGUCCAAUGUGGAUGUGGAGGAUGCCAUGGGUCAGACUGCUCUGCACGUAGCCUGCCAGAAUGGCCACAAGACUACCGUGCUUUGUCUGCUGGACAGCGGUGCGGACAUUAACAGGCCUAAUGUCUCUGGGGCCACACCCCUCUACUUUGCGUGCAGUCAUGGGCAGAGAGACACUGCGCAGAUUCUCCUCUCCAGAGGGGCCAGGUACCUCCCGGACAGGAAUGGUGUCACCCCACUAGACCUGUGUGUGCAGGGUGGCUAUGGUGAGACAUGUGAGGUCCUCAUCCAGCAUCAUGGGAGACUCUUCCAGACUCUUAUACAGAUGACACAGAAUGAGGACAUCAAGGAGAGCAUGCUUCGGCAGGUCCUAGAGCAUGUCUCCCAGCAAAGCGAGUCCCACUACCAGAAGAUCCUUACAAGUCUGGCUGAAGUAGCCACCACCAAUGGCCACAAGCUGCUCAGCUUGUCCAGUAAUUACGAGGCCCAGAUGAAGAGCCUGUUGCGGAUUGUUCGGAUGUUCUGCCACGUCUUUCGACUGGGGCCCUCAUCUCCGAACAAUGGGAAUGACAUGGGCUACAAUGGGAACAAGACACCCCGCAGCCAGGUUUUCAAGGUCAGGCAGGGCCAGGGUGCUAGGCGGAGAGACCCUGCUUCGGUGAGAGAGACCAGAGUCAGUGAGCAAACAAAGCAUUCCCUGCAGGAACCCCUCGAGCUGCUCUGGCACUCCCUAGACGAGUGGCUGGUCCUGAUCUCUGCCGAGCUGGAGAGAAACCGGUCAGACCCAGCAGCCGGCGCUGACAUUGCCUCGCUCCUGCUCAAGCAACCGCUGCCUGAGGUUGUCAUGGAGACAGGAGGGACGUACGCCCAAGGAGAGGACGUCAUCUCCAUGACAGCCAACCGCCUCAGCGCUGUCAUCCAGGCCUUCUACAUGUGCUGUUCUUGCCAGAUGCCACAGGGGAUGACGUCUCCUCGCUUCAUUGAAUUUGUCUGUAAGCACGACGAGGUGCUCAAGUGCUUCGUCACCAGGAAUCCCACGAUCAUCUUUAACCACUUUCACUUUCUUUUGGAGUGCCCGGAGCUCAUGUCCCGAUUCAUGCACAUCAUCAAAGCACAGCCUUUUAAGGACAGAUGUGAGUGGUUCUACGAGCACCUGCUUGCAGGCCAGCCCGACUCUGACAUGGUCCACCGGCCCGUCAACGAGAAUGACAUCCUGCUCGUCCACAGAGAUUCGAUAUUCCAGAGUAGCUGCGAAGUUGUCUCUAAGUCUAGCAAUGAGAAGCUGAAACAGGGCAUCGCAGUCCGCUUUCAUGGCGAGGAAGGGAUGGGUCAAGGUGUGGUACGUGAGUGGUUUGACAUCUUGUCCAAUGAGAUCAUCAACCCGGACUAUGCGCUCUUCACUCAGUCUGCAGACGGAACCACGUUCCAACCCAACAGCAACUCCUCGGUCAACCCAGACCAUCUAAACUACUUCCGCUUUGCGGGCCAGAUCCUAGGUCUGGCUCUGUAUCACCGGCAGCUUGUGAACAUCUACUUCACCCGCUCCUUUUACAAGCAUAUUCUGGGUAUCCCAGUGAACUACCAGGAUGUGGCCUCCAUCGACCCGGAGUAUGCCAAGAACUUGCAGUGGAUCCUGGACAAUGACAUCAGUGACCUUGGUCUGGAACUGACCUUCUCUGUGGAGACAGACGUUUUUGGCGCAAUGGAGGAAGUGCCCCUGAAACCUGGUGGAAUGAGCAUUCUCGUCACGCAGGACAACAAGGCAGAAUACGUCCAGCUGGUGACAGAGUUGAGGAUGACGCGUGCCAUUCAGCCUCAGAUCAACGCUUUCCUGCAAGGCUUCCACACUUUCAUCCCCCCCUCACUCAUCCAGCUCUUUGACGAGUACGAACUGGAGCUUCUCCUCUCAGGGAUGCCUGAAAUUGAUGUGGCUGACUGGAGCAGGAACACGGAAUACACAAGUGGGUAUGACCAGGAUGAACCAAUCAUCCAGUGGUUCUGGGAGGUGGUGCACAGUCUAACCCAGGAAGAGAGGGUCCUGCUGCUGCAGUUUGUCACUGGAAGCUCGAGAGUCCCUCACGGUGGAUUUGCCUACCUGAUGGGGGGUAGUGGCCUCCAGAAGUUUACUAUUGCUGCCGUGCCCUACACCGCAAACCUUCUGCCCACCUCCAGCACCUGCAUCAACAUGCUGAAGCUCCCAGAAUACCCCACCAAGGAAAUCCUCAGAGACAGACUGCUCGUCGCAUUGCAUUGUGGGAGUUACGGGUACACCAUGGCAUGAGCCAGAGUACUAGAUUCUCUGUGGGCAUUCCUGCCCACCUGAAGGUUUAGCAACAGGGAUUCUUCAAAACCUCAUUCCAGUGUCAUUAAUUUAAGAAAAUCUGAUGGGAAUUACCAUUUCCCCUGCUGUAAGUAUGAUUUACUGUACAUGAGGCACAAAAUUACCCAGUUUUCUGAGGAGUCUGAGUGUAAUAUUCAGAAAGAACAGCUCUGAUGUUUUUCCUU